AAAUUUCAGUGGCAACAUUGUGCAUCACAUAAAAAUGGCUGCCGCCAGUUUGAACGAAACUUGCUGGGAUAGCCUGUAUUAACAGACUAUGCAUAAGCAUCAGCUCUGUGUAAAAUUGAAUUGUUUCGCACGAAUAUUCCUCGGCUGACAAUGGACAUCGAACAGCUGCCGGAAAGCCUCCUGCUUGAGGUAUUUCUUCGCCUGGAGUUCAAGGACCUUUGUUCGUGCGCAGGUGUUUGCCGACAGUGGCGACGGGUUGCACAUGAUCAAGUGCUUCGAAGAACGAUUGAUGUGUCGGCGAAUCCUCUGUCAUCUACGUGCGCAUGGCGGCUGAUCCGAGCGCAUGCUGAUGCUAACCUUGUGGAGCUACGAAUGUCAGGCAAAGCUCGAAAGUUCUUCUCCACCAGGAGGUCACAGCAUGCAUACACACGAAAGUUUUUCAAGUAUUUGGCACAACAUUGCCCAUCACUGAAGGUGCUGCAUUUCACAGAUGCCUUCCUUGCACGCAACGUGGUAACAACCAAGAUGUCAAUUUCGGACCUUCCACAGUCCCUUACACACUUGUCAUUGCGCGGUUGCUUCUUUCAUCCGGCCGAGUUUCUUCGUGCUCCGCUUGGCCAGCCCACAAGCUUGCACUUUCUACAGUUUCUGGACCUCGCUGACUGCAAUCUUGUGUCAAGUGUGGAACUGGGCCGGCUUGAACAGUGGCCUUCACUUCGUGCAUUAAGCCUGGAAGGUUGCCACCGGGUCAAUGACGGAGGCCUGAGCAACAUUUUGCCACUUAUAUCCAAUCUGGUCGCCCUGGACAUUGAGGGUACUGAUAUCAGCGAUCGAGGUGUGCAAAUGAUUCUCCUUCAUGGCCUGAACCUCAAGUUUCUCUUUCUUGGCCACACUUCAUGUACUGGCGAAGCAUUUGUGUCUGUUUCAGGCUGUCGUAAGCUGGGGCUGUCCCACAUAUGCCUCAGGAGGACAGUUGUAAAGGAGGAGCAUUUGUAUAGAUUGUUUGAAAUGGUCCCAGACUUGAAGUGGCUGGCUGUGACAAGUCGUCACAUGUUCACCGACGUGACAGCCAGGGUCAAGGAGGCCGUGCCUGCUUCGUGCAACUUUGUGGAGAUUCUGCAGCGCUAUGUCAACGAGAACAAAUUCUGCAAGCACUUUUUGGUUGACAGUAUCCAAUAGCUGAAGCUGGACAAGAGGCAUUAAAUGUCGAGACAUAUAGCGCCUGAUUAGUGGUGUAGGUUUAGGAGAGACUAUUCAAUGCAAAAGACACGCAUAUGCCAGAAGUUCAUCCUUCAUAAAAUACAUUUGCAGAGUGCUAGAUUGUUGAUUGCCUGUUUGAGCUAUGAUAUUAACUAAACCCAUAUGAACUUUUGGAAGCAUUGUAUUUUGGGCAAACAUAUAACCGGUACUUCUUAUUAGGCAUGUUAUGCUUAUUUUUGUACAGAUGCACAGUUGGAUGCUACACACAUUCACGUACAUAAAUGUAUACAUACAUACAGGCUGUUUCAAUUCAGACCAAGCUUCACAGAGCUUAAAGCGGCACCUAAACAGUAUGUAAAUUCGAGAGCAUCACUUGUUGCUGAACGAGCUAAGUGUCGUGGCGAAAUGUUGCACAGCUUGCGGAUGGUGUUCUGCAGAGUGACAUAGUAGUAGUAGAAACUUUAUUGUAGAGUGUCGUAUUGAUUCUUCAUUUGUGUGUGUCUUCACAUUCUUGAUCGGCCUUGAGUGGCGAGAGUGUGGUGACUAUGGUGGCUUUCUUGCAGUGGCGUAAAUGUAGGUAAAUCACGAGGCGGGACACGCACCUUGUCAUAGCGGCCCUUUGGUUUUUAUUUUUAUUUAUAUUAAUAAUAAAAUCAUGCUUUGAAAUAAAAUUUACAAAAAAAACUAGCAUGGGUUCCCAGCUCAUGUAAUUGCAUUGUUCUGUUGAGUCUUCUCCGAAAGCGGUCAAGCGGCAGUUGCGAUUUCAACCGUCUCACAUAGCUGAAGGGUACUGAACACAGGUCUGCACACACUACAA